AACAGCAGUUUCAGUGAUGAGCCAGAGCUGAUGCCAAAAACACCAUCCCAGAAAAAUCGUGUGAAGAGGCGACUUUCUAAUGCUCCGGAUGAGAACAAAGACCCAAUCAGGAAAAGGUUAUCGAGGAGUGCCAAGCGAGCAUCUGCUAAGCGAUAUUCCAGAAGACUCCGAAGCAAAGAGAACCUGGAAAUAACCAGGGCUAUGCAAGAGGUCAUCCCACUUCGACGGGUAACAAGAUCCCGGGCAGUGGUAUCUGAUGCACGCUCUGUGGCACCUCCUCAGAAGUCAGCUGUCGAGCCAGUGGAUGGGAGGGUCCCCUUUGUAAAUAUCAGUGUCAAUGAUCGCAACAGUGCUGAGUUAUGUUUAAAGAGAAAUUCACCUGAGACAGAGGCCAGGAUCUCCAAGGUCAUUGUCUUGAGUUCAGAUGAUGACUCUCCCAAGAAAGCUGGGACAGUAAAACUGCAGCCUGCCCCUGCACCCUCUGUGCUGUUGAUUCCCGAAACCACUGAGCCAAAAGGGUCAAAAGAGGGCCGAAGUGCAUCUAAAUUAAAAAUAGCAAAUACAGCCAUUACCAAAGCCAUUGUAAAUAGGGAGCCUGCCACUGAGGAAAUGGAUAUCUCUGCACAGAAGCCAGAGGACAACCAAGAGUCAGUAAAGGAGCCUUCCCAGGAUUUAAAGGACGGCACCCACACCCCAACUGGCUCCAAAUCAAACCGUCACUCUGUUCGUCGAAGUUUGAUGUGCAGAACCUCCAUGAGCCACCAGACCUCAUUGGCAGAGAAGUUCUCACUGGCCAGCAAAAGGGAAAGCAUGAUCCGGAAGUCAGUCAGCAGGGCUAGGUCCAAAAGGAUUGCAGCUCGUCAGUCAUCUCUAGCCUCCAGCCAUGCAAACUGUCAUGGCUCUGUGGAGAGCCUUAAGGAUGAAGAAAAAACUGUCCCUGUCAGAUCUGAGCAGGGACUUACUACCCCCUCUAAGGAGCUUGUGGCAGAGCAGCCGGAGGGGAGCAAUAAAGAGAACCAUUCUGACGCCCAGGAACAGCCCCCGAGCGCCAGGAGAAAGCCAAGUUACAAGAAAGCUGUGGAUGAGUUGUAUGACGGGCAGCAAGCAGCGGAAGGCGGGCUCUCCCCUCCAAGUAAAAAGACUCCAUCACCACUCUGCCCAGCCAGCAAAGUUGUGCGUCCAUUUAAGACCUUUUUACACACUGUGCAGAAGAACCAGCUGCUCAUGGCCCCAAGUUCUGUGGGGCGAAACAGUAUCAAGAAAUCCUUCAUCAAACACAACACUCCGCUCCGAACCGAUCCCAAGGGUGACUUUGUCGAGAAGGAGCGGCAGCGGCUGGAGAGCCUGAGGAAGAAGCAGGAGGCUGAGCAACAGAGAAAACAGAAGCUGGAGGAGGAGAAGAGACAGCGACUGGAGGAGAUGAAACUUAAACGGGAAGCACGUCUGCGCAAGGUGCUGCAGGCUCGGGAGCGGGUGGAGCAGAUGGAGGAGGAGAAGAAAAGGCGGAUCGAGCAGAAACUUGCUCAGUUUGAUGAGAAGAGUGAGAAGGUGCGGGAGGAGAGGCUGGCAGAGGAAAAGGUGAAGAAGAAGGUAGCUGCUAAGAAGAUGGAAGAGGUUGAGGCCCGGCGCAGGCAAGAGGAGGAGGCCCGGAAGCAGAAGGCACAGCAGCUGGAGGAGGAGGAGCGCCGCCAAAAGGAGCGAAUGCAGAAGAAGAGGGAGGAGGAAGAGCAAGAGCGAGCAAGGAAGAUCGCUGAGCAGAGGCAGGAGGAACAAGAGAGGGAGAAGCAGCUGGCUGCCGAGAGAGAGCUUGAGAGGAAGAAGGAACAGGAGAGGAUCCAGGCAGAGAGAGAACGUGAGCGGCAAGAGAAGGAGAUGGCCGCGCGUGUGCAGAGGGAGCUGAUGGCAGCUAGAGAGAAGGAGCAACUCCAAAAGGAGAUGGAGGAAAAAGAGAAGAAACAGCAGGAGGAGCAGCGGCUAGCAGAGCAGGAUAAGAAAGCCGCCAAUGCUGCUAGUAACCAUCUGAAUGUAACAGUGGAUGUGGAGAAUUCCCCUGUCUGUAACUCCUAUCAAAUGACCCCGCAGGGCCCGAAAGGGCCCAAGCCCCCCACCAUCAAUCCAAAUAAUUACGGGAUGGACCUGAACAGCGAUGACUCCACGGAUGAUGAGAGCCAGCCACGCAAGCCCAUCCCUGCCUGGGCCAACGGGACUCAGCUUAGUCAAGCUGUCAUCCACCAGUACUACAAACCUCCAGAUGUCACUACGCUCUUUGGGGCUAUCAUAAGCCCCAAGCUGGAGGAUAUUUUCUACAAGAACAAGCCGCGAUACUUCAAGCGCACUAGCUCUGCUGUCUGGAAUUCCCCCCCUUUCCCAGGUGCUAAAUCUGUGCUAAGCCUGCCCUAUGGCCUGAAAAAAUACUGAGGCUGGAGGAAUGUGGAGUAGUGAGGUGUUAGUCUUUGUUGUCUGUCUAGGGAAGAAAAAUGAUUUUAUAAUAUUCAAUCUGUGUAAAUCUGUUUGUAGAUUAAUAAAGGUGAGAUGUGACUGGGGCUUUUCA